GCUGCUUUCACGUGCAUUUGUUAUUGUUGUGUGUGAGACGGUGUUCGGAUAAGUUUCUGCAAGUUUACUCGAGAAAGUUAAAUAUCACAAAAUGAACGAAUAUUUGUGGGAAUUUGCCCAAAAAUUGCCCAGUGAAAAUCAAUUUCAAGUCAUCCUGAAGUCCGCCUUAUCAAUUUCAGCAUCCAGUAAGGCUGAUGUAGGGAAAACAAACAACAAGUGGAUGUGCCGCAAGUGCAAAACCUUAUGGAUGCACGGCUACUUUCACGUAGAUGAAGUGGCAAGCACUAACCGAUAUGACAAGCUCAUUGAGAAGUGCCAGAACAAAUCCUCACGAACAAGAAAGCAGCAGGCAUAUCUGGAUUAUCUCACAAGUCGAAAGCGUGUUACUGUGAAAUACACUUGUAAGCUGUGCUCCUAUAAAAACACGUGUCAUCACCGAUAGAGGUGGCACCACGUCCAAGUCUGUCUCCGCAGCCUUGACCUCACGAAAGGAACUUACAGCUCCUCCAGUCAAUGUCACCAGUAAUAAGCGAAAGAAGCGCAAGCGGGACCCAACUGCAGGACUUAACAUUUCGGUUGCAGUAAAAAGCGGCCCUCAGAAUGUACCAAAAAAGAGCACUAAACCGUCUUCGUUUAGCUCAAAGGAACCUAGUAAGCUCAAUGCUUUGGCCAAUAUGUUGAAGAAGAAGACUGAAGGGAUGUCAUCAGUUGGGACGUUAACGGCCCAGGAUCGAUUGAAAUUGUUGCUUAAGUAGUAACUAUAAUAUUGAUUUUUAUUCGAUAAAACUAGUAUAAUGAUCACUGAUACAUACUUUUCAGUGGAAAAUAGGAAAGAUCAGGAGGAUAGUAAAGUAGGUAGUGUGUGGUAAUCAAUGUAAAAGAAAUGUGUGAUUGAAACAAUACCAUGUUCAAUAGAGCACUAGGGGUAACUUGAGUAUCA